GCCGAGAAAAUGACUCGGGCUCUCUCCAUCCUCGCGUACCUUCUCCCCCUGCUUCACUGUAGCCACAGUGCUGACUCCGAGGAGCGGCUCAUGAACUGGCUGCUGGGAGAAGAUCGCUACAAUCCCCUCAUCCGGCCGGCGCUCAACAGGGCCGAGAGAGUCACCGUGAAGCUCCAAGUAUCUCUGGCACAGCUCAUCAGUGUGAAUGAAAGAGAACAGAUAAUGACCACAAAUGUCUGGCUCACUCAGCACUGGGUGGAUUACAGGUUAUCAUGGGACCCGGCAAAGUACGAAGGUAUCGACAAGCUGCGUAUUCCAUCAAGACACAUCUGGCUCCCAGACAUUGUUCUGUACAACAACGCUGACGGGACCUAUGAGGUGACAGUCUUCACCAACGCCAUCGUUCUCUUCAAUGGCAGUAUCAACUGGCUUCCUCCAGCCAUCUACAAAAGUGCAUGUAAGAUCGAGGUCAAGCAUUUUCCCUUUGACCAGCAGAACUGCACCCUCAAGUUCCGCUCGUGGACGUACGACCACACCGAGAUCGACCUGAUCCUGAAGACUGAGGCAGCUAGUAUGGAUGACUUCACUCCCAGUGGGGAGUGGGAUAUCUUGGCACUUCCAGGCAGAAGGACUGUCAGCCCUCUGGAUCCCACCUAUGUGGAUCUCACGUAUGACUUUAUCAUCAAGAGGAAGCCUCUUUUCUACACCAUCAACCUAAUUAUUCCCUGUGUUCUCAUCACCUCGCUGGCUAUCCUGGUCUUCUACUUGCCGUCAGACUGCGGAGAGAAGAUGACCCUCUGCAUCUCCGUCCUCUUGGCGCUCACUGUGUUCCUGCUUCUGAUCUCCAAGAUCGUUCCCCCAACCUCACUGGAUGUGCCUCUGAUUGGCAAGUACCUGAUGUUCACCAUGGUGCUGGUGACCUUCUCCAUCAUCACCAGCGUGUGUGUGCUCAACGUGCACCACCGCUCCCCCAGCACCCACACCAUGCCUUCCUGGGUCAAGCUGAUCUUUCUCGUCAAGCUGCCUGCCUUACUCUUCAUGAGACGCCCUAACAACAACUCCGCUCGGCAGCGGCUUCGCCAACAGCGGUGCUUGAGGGCGAGGAGAUCAAUUUUGGGUCCGGGUUACCCAGUUGAAUCCAAAACAGGUAUCAACACGUCAUCUUCUGCCCUGCUCUCCUCUGACUCUACCAUCUCCACCCCGGGACACAAAAAUGUAGCUGCUUCAAUAGGCUACAGCUACUUCAACAGGAAGGAGGAACUACGCUCCACAGAUUAUCUUCCUGCUGGUUUCAACUCCACCAACGUCUUCCAGCAGAGUAGGAGCUCCGACUGGGCUGCUGACGUCCAGGAGGCCGUGAACGGGGUUCGCUUUGUGGCCGAGCACAUGAUGGGAGACGACGAUGAUCAGAGUGUUAUAGAGGACUGGAAGUACGUGGCCAUGGUGGUGGAUCGUAUGUUCCUGUGGAUCUUUAUCAUAGUAUGUGUGGUGGGAACGCUGGGUCUGUUUCUGCAGCCUCUGUUUCAGAGUCACAACUUUCCAAACCAGCAGCCCAGCUCUGAGACUCCUCGCAUCUGA